AUCCGCUGCCCUUCUUGUAAACGGUGAUAGGAAGACGUGGUUUUUGACAGCGGCUACUUAUUUUAAAACUAAUCUUACUGGAAGAUCAGUUGGUUGUGGGAGGUGACGUGAAUCUUUACCUAAAGUUCGACCUGCUUGCUGAACACUACGAAGAUUUUUUGGAGCUGACGUUUUCAUAUUAUCUUAACGGUGUCCACCUUGCCUUUAGCCAUGCUGCUCAGUAAAGUGAAGCUUCCCCUCGGCAUCUACAACUCGGCCCUGAAGUAUCUACGAUCUUCUAGCGGCAGGCCCAGUUGCACGGAUCUUGUUCUCUCCAUUAAUAAUGCCCGUCUCUUUGCAAGUCAUUCUGCGCAGGCAGUUUUUGACAAGACUGAUGCAGAGGUGGAUACCUCAUCCAAGUCUAGUGCUGAGAAGAAAACUGCUGUCCUGGAAUCCAAAUCAUUUGCUGUGAACAUGUUUAAAGGUCAGCUCAGCACUUCCCAGGUUUUUCCUUUUCCUUCAGUAAUGUCUGAAGAGCAGGCUCAGUUUCUCAGUGAACUUGUUGGACCAGUUUCCAAAUUCUUUGAAGAAGUUAAUGACCCAGUAAAGAAUGAUGUCCUGGAGAAAGUAGAAGAUGCCACCAUGCAGGGUUUGAAGGAGUUAGGAGCUUUUGGUCUUCAGGUUCCUACAGAUCUAAGUGGAAUGGGACUCACAAACACCCAGUAUGCUCGGCUGGUAGAAAUAGUAGGCAUGCAUGAUCUGGGAGUGGGCAUCACACUGGGCGCUCAUCAAUCCAUUGGCUUCAAGGGCAUCUUGCUAUAUGGAAACAGGCAACAGAAGGAGAAGUAUCUUCCCAAACUGGCCACAGGAGAAACUAUUGCAGCGUACUGCCUUACUGAACCCAGCAGUGGAUCGGAUGCUGCUUCCAUCAAGACUACUGCCGUGAAGAGUGAAUGUGGGAAGUACUAUAUCUUGAAUGGAGGCAAGAUCUGGAUCAGUAACGGAGGACUGGCUGAGAUUUUCACUGUUUUUGCGAAGACUCCUGUUAAGGAUGAGACCACUGGGGAGGUGAAGGAUAAGAUUACAGCAUUCAUUGUGGAGAAGGGUUUCGGAGGAGUCACAAGUGGUCCUCCAGAGAAAAAGAUGGGCAUCAAGGCCUCCAACACAGCUGAAGUCCACUUUGAUUCUGUACGCGUACCUGUGGAGAAUGUGCUGGGUGAGGUUGGAGGUGGCUUCAAGGUGGCAAUGAACAUUUUAAACAAUGGGCGUUUUGGCAUGGCAGCUGCCCUCUCUGGUACAAUGAAAGGAGUCAUCAGCAAAGCGGUUGAUCACGCUGCAAACCGGACUCAGUUUGGGAAUAAGAUCCACAACUUUGGAGCAAUCCAAGAAAAGAUUGCACACAUGGCAAUGAUGCAGUACGUGGCUGAGUCGAUGGCCUAUAUGAUCAGCUCCAACAUGGACAUGGGUGCAUCUGACUUCCAGAUUGAAGCAGCAAUAAGCAAAAUCUUCGCCUCAGAAGCAGCAUGGACUGUAACUGAUGAAUGCAUUCAGAUCAUGGGAGGAAUGGGAUUUAUGAAGGAUGCUGGUGUGGAAAGAGUGAUGAGAGAUUUAAGAAUCUUCCGCAUUUUUGAAGGCACAAAUGACAUUUUACGAUUGUUCGUAGCGCUCAAUGGCUUCCAGAAUGUUGGCAAUCAACUGAAAGGACUACAGAAGGCCCUCAAGAGUCCAAUCGAAAAUGCAGGUUUAUUGGUUGGUGAGAUCUCCAAACGAGUCAAAAGGAAAGCGGGCUUGAGCACUGGUGUCUCUCUUGAGGGUGUGGUGCAUCCAGAGCUGAAUGAAAGUGGCAGACUGUUGGUGCAAGCAGUGGAGCAGUUUGGGGCCGUGAUUGAAGACUUGCUUCUUAAGCAUGGCAAGAAGAUUGUGGAUGAGCAGUUUGUACUAAAGAGAGUAUCAGAUUCUGCUAUUGAUCUUUACGGGAUGGUGGUUGUCAUUUCAAGAGCAUCCAGAUCUCUAAGCCAAGGCCACCAUUCUGCUCAACAUGAGAAGAUGUUGUGUGAGACGUGGUGCAUUGAGGCUCAUCAGCGCAUCAUGCAAGAUAUUAAAACUUUAAAAUCAAGCUCCUCCAAACAGAUUUUCAAGAACCUGCGUGCCAUUUCUGCAGCUGUGGUUGAAAAUGGUGGCACCGUGUCUCCACAUCCCUUGGGCUUCUAAGGCAACAGGCGAGCGAAACAAUGUCCAAAAUUGUCUCAUUUCCUGUCACAUGCCCCUGUCUUUGCCUUCUACGAUCCAGAUUUUUGCAUUUUUGGAACAUAACAUCUUCCAGGAAUUGAAGAUCUGCUCAGAGUUACAGGAACUGGAAAGAGAAAUGGAAAAAAAGAGACAUUUAUAUAACUUAACAGGUUUGAAUUCCAUCCAGGGCACUUGACUGCUGA